GAAGAUGCCCUCCUGGGCCCUCUUGGUGGUCACCUCCUGCCUCCUCCUGGCCCCCCAAAACCUGGCACAAGUCACCAGCCAAGGACCCAGAGCCCAACUCACCAGCUGUUCCUCAGCUGCCUCCUUGCUGGCCGUGGACUCCGAGCCCCUGAACUGUUUUUCUCGAACAUUUGAGGACCUCACUUGCUUCUGGGAUGAGGAAGAGGCAGCACCCAGUGGAACAUACCAGCUGCUGUAUGCCUACCCAGGGGAGAAGCCCCGUGCCUGCCCCCUGAUUUCCCAGAGUGUGCCCCCCUUUCGAACUCGAUAUGUGUGCCAGUUUCCAGCCCAGGAUGAAGUUCGUCUCUUCUUUCCACUGCACCUGUGGGUGAAGAACGUGUUCCUAAACCAGAAUCUGACCGAGCGGGUGCUCUUUGUGGAUAGUGUGGGCCUACCAGCUCCCCCCAGUAUCAUCAAAGCCAUGGGCGGGAGCCAACCAGGGGAACUUCAGAUCAGCUGGAAAGCCCCAGCUCCUGAAAUCAGUGAUUUCUUGUGGCACCAACUCCGCUAUGGCCCCAAGGAUCCCAGAAACUCCACCGUUCCCACAGUCGUGCAGUUGCUGUCCACAGAAACCUGCUGCCCAGCUCUGCGGAGGCCAAACCCAGCCCCAGCUCUGGACCAGCCUGCAUGUGCACAGCCUGUGAUGCCCCAACAGGAUGGACCAAAGCAGACCUCCCCAACUAGAGAAGCUCCACCUCUGACAGCGAAGAGUGGAAGCUGCCUCAUCUCAGGGCUCCAGCCUGGGAAAUCCUACUGGCUCCAGCUGCGCAGCCAACCUGAUGGGGUCUCCCUCCAUGGCUCCUGGGGACCCUGGUCCCAUCCUGCAACUGUGGACCUGCCUGGAGAUGCAGUGGAAAUUGGGCUGCAAUGCUUUACCCUGGACUUGAAGAAUGUUACCUGUCAGUGGCAGCAACAGGACCAUGCUAGCUCCCAAGGCUUCUUCUAUCACAGCAGGCCAUGGUGCUGUCCCAGAGCCAGGGACCCUGUCUGGAAGAAGUGUGAAGAGGAGAAAAAUCCAGGAUUACAACUCUCCCAGUUCUCCCGCUGCCACUUCAAGUCACGAAAUGACAGUGUUAUUCACAUCCUUGUGGAGGUGACCACAGCCCAGGGAGCUUUUCACAGCUACCUGGGCUCCCCUUUCUGGAUCCACCAGGCUGUGCUCAUCCCCACUCCAAACUUGCACUGGAGGGAGGUCUCCAGCGGGCAGCUGGAAUUGGAAUGGCAGCACCCAUCAUCCUGGGCAGCCCAAGAGACCUGCUAUCAGCUCCGAUACACAGGAGAAGGCCAUCAGGACUGGAAGGUGCUGGAGCCACCUCUAGGGGCUCAGAGAGAGACCCUGGAGCUGCGCCCGCGCUCCCGCUACCGUUUACAGCUGCGCGCCAGGCUCCACGGCCCCACCUACCAAGGCCCCUGGACCGCCUGGUCCGACCCAAUAAGGGUAGAGACAGCCUCGGAGACUGCCUGGAUCACCCUGGUGACCGCUCUGCUGCUGGUACUGGGCCUCAGCGCUCUCCUGGGCCUGCUGCUGCUGCGGUGGCAAUUUCCUGCGCACUACAGGAGCCUGAGGCAUGCACUGUGGCCCUCACUUCCAGACCUGCACCGGGUCCUAGGCCAGUACCUUAGGGAUACUGCCACCCUCAGUCCGCCCAAGGCUGCAGUCUCAGAUGUCUAUGAGGAAGUGGAACCCAGCCUCCUUGAAAUUCUACCUAAGUCCUCAGAGAAGACUCCCUUGCCCCUGUGUUCCUCCCAGACCCAGAUGGACUACCGAGGAUUGCAGCCAUCUUGCCUGGCUACCAUGACCCUGUCUGUGUGCCCACCCAUGGCUGAGUCAGGAUCCUACUGUACCACUCACAUUGCCAACCAUUCCUACUUACCACUGACCUGCUGGCAGGCCCCUCACUCCCAGUAUCCUGGACAGAUCCAAACCCUCUAG